AUGGCCCUGGGAUACCUAGAACGCUCUCAGCGUCCGCUCCCAACGCCCAUCUUGAGCGCGACAGCGCCCCUGGUGCAAGUAGACCCGCGCCUCGUCCUCAGGGCUAUCAUCGCGCAAGAGGCGAGGGACCUCGACAUGGAUCUGUGGAACCGUGCCAUCCAGGAACAGGAGGAUGUGUCGCGGCGCGACACAUCCAACGGACAAAACGGCGACCCGGCGACAGAACACGACGGCAAGAACUGA